AUGAUUCCAGAAUCAUCCAGCGAUCCCGUAGCACCUGGUUUUCUGUUUUGUUUUCAAAGUACAGUACAAUCAGUUUGUACGAGUGUUCUUUAUUUUGUUGCAGUUGCAUUGGUAUUGUUGUUCUGCGACCUGGAGUAAAAUCAAUCAUCCACUGCACUGGCUGUCUAGUAAAUAGUCGUAAUGGAGAUCUCGAUCGCUCAGGAGUAUGGCUACGUCGUACUGACCAGCCUGCUGGGAUCCCUGCUCGUCAACUUCUUCUUGAUCUACAACGUUGUCGCAGCCAGAAAGAAGUACGAUGUCAAGUACCCGGCACUCUACUCGCCUACGAAUGAGAACUUCAACUGUGUCCAACGUGCUCAUCAGAACUAUCUGGAGAAUUUGACUUUCUUCCUAGUUUCUGGUCUGGUAGCAGGAGUUGUACACCCGAUCCCUGCCACCGCAUGUAACGUCAUCUACCUGAUUGGACGCAUUGUCUACGCUCUGGGUUACUAUACCGGGGACCCGGAGAAAAGGAGCAGGGGAGGUUUCUACAUCCUCGGCUUCUUGGGCAAUAUGCUGCUGGCCUCGCACGCCGGCCUGCGCUUUGCUGGACUUAUGUAACACGCAUAGGUGCGACCUCGUCAGCCGCCAACACCACCAGCAUCACCAGAAUCACCAUGAGGCCACUACGUCUUGUGCUGUACAUUGUGUCAAGCGCGUCGAAAGAUGGUGAGAGCCCUACGCUGCUGGCUACCGGCUGGUGUCAUUCCACGAGUCACUGACCACCUGGACUGGACACGUUGUAAGGCCCUGCUGUGCUUCACGAUUGAGAUGGCGUGCUACUGGUGGUGGCGGCGUGUCAGUUAUUCCACUAAUACUCCGUUUUCUCUGUUAUUGUCCCCGUCGAUUAUGGCAGCAGGUUGAUGUUCGUUCUCUGUUAGUGCCUAGCUGCUUUGCUGGUUGGUCUUAUUACACGUUGUGUUGAGUUGCUUAGGUUGACGUUACGAAGUGCCCUUGGGUGUUGUGUUGCUUAGGUUGGCGUUACGGAGCACCCUUGGGUGUUGUGUUGCUUGGGUUGACGUUACGGAGCACCCUUGGAUGUGCCAUGCCCUGCUGCAUGUUCGCUAUUCACACGUCUAGCUGUCUGUGUCUCCAUUUCGGUUUGUUUUCUGGCAGUGAGUCGUUGCUCUCCAGUGUCUCCAGUGCCUCUGCCUUUGCUGUCGCGUUUGUGCUUCUGUAGCUGCUCUGCGCUAGCGCGCGUGUGUGUGCGUGCGUCCGGUGUUUGCUCCUCCGCAUUUAUCAAUAGGUUUUUAACAUUGUUUUUUUCUUUCUUUUCAACUUUCGAUCGUGUGAUAGCUCCUGCAUAGGACAUUAUAGCGGUAUUUGGUGCUUGAUGGCAGACGACUACGAUAACACCAGUCUUUGGUCAGGA